UUGCUUCUGCUUUAACCCCACUUUGGGUCCUGUCUUCUGCCAAAAAACCAGACACCAAUACAGUCAUCUUUAUAGACCGCCAUCAUCAAAACAAAAAAACUGCAAAAACACAACUAUACAAUCUCCGAACAGAUCACAAAUCUUGAAAAAAAGAAAAAAUUGAACUUUUGAGUGGUAAAAAAAAAAAAAGUUCCAUUUUUUUCUCUCUUAUGUUAAAUGCAUCAGAAGAAUCUUGAAGUUCAGAUUGGUCAUCAAGAACACAGUGACCUUUCUUCCAAAUUCAAUCAAAAACAAUACCAAAUCCAAAACCAAACAACCCCAAAAGAAAAUUUUCCAAAAUAUAAUCUUGAAAUCAAGAUCCCAUCACCAGAUUCUUCAACCAAUCAGAUUCACUUUAGAGAUGAACCAAUUUGCCAAAAUCAAUCACCUGGAAAAACCCUUUUGUCAACACCUCAUAAAAGACCAAUAAUGUCUCAAAGUUCCAAUCUUUAUCACUCUAAUAAUAACCAACAACAAAAUUCCCAUUUUAAAGUUCCAAUCUUGAAGUCAAACACUUCAUCAAAUCAGUCUUUUUUAUGUCCUUGUUCUAUACCUGUUUUGUUAGCUACAAAAAGAAUCACUCUUAGGCUACUUCAUCACUCUUGUCAUGCUUCUUGGAUUAGAGUCCAUUUAAAGCUUUUUAUAUUACUUUCUUUACCUUCUCUUUACUUGUUAACUUCAACUAAUUACUUGGGUUCUUUACUUUACUUUCUGUUUAUUAUUGCUCUAGUUUCUUUUCUUGUUAUUUCACUUUGUGUUGCUCUUCCUUGUGUUCCUUCUAUCCGUAUAUUUCUUGCUAGAACUUUGUCUAUUAAUCUUCAUUCAUCACCAACUGCUUCAAAAUCUAGACCUUCAGUUGUUUGGUCAAUAGGGUCAAAGCCUAAACCAGAAAGAAAGCCGAUUUCGGGUUGUUGGGUGCAAGUUUACAGUAAUGGUGAUGUUUAUGAGGGUGAAUUUCAUAAAGGGAAAUGUUCAGGAAGUGGGGUUUAUUACUAUAGAUUGAAUGGGAGGUAUGAAGGUGAUUGGAUAGAUGGGAAAUAUGAUGGAUAUGGGGUGGAAACGUGGUCCAAAGGGAGCCGAUAUCGGGGGCAAUAUAGGCAAGGAUUAAGACAUGGAGUUGGGAUGUAUAGGUCUUAUACAGGGGAUUUAUAUGGUGGAGAAUGGUGUAAUGGACAGUGUCAUGGAUAUGGGGUUCAUACUUGUGAAGAUGGAAGCAGUUAUACAGGGGAGUUUAAGUGGGGUGUUAAACAUGGAUUAGGCCAUUAUCAUUUCAGAAAUGGGGAUACAUAUGCUGGAGAGUAUUUUGCGGAUAAGAUGCAUGGUUUUGGAGUAUACCGCUUUGGAAAUGGACAUUGCUAUGAAGGAGCCUGGCAUGAGGGAAAGAGGCAAGGAUUUGGCAUUUACACUUUCAGAAAUGGGGAAACUCAGUCCGGUCACUGGCAGAAUGGGAUACUUAAUGUUUCAACUAGUCUUGGCACCCUUCCGGGAUCUCCUUCCGCAGUUGACCAUUCUAAAGUGCUUCAUGCAGUCCAGGAAGCAAGACAAACUGCUGAGAAAGCCAUUAAUGUGACGAAGGUGGACGAUAGAGCAAAACGAGCUGUUGCUGCUGCCAACAGGUCCGCCACUGCAGCAAGAGUCGCAGCUGUGAAAGCCGUCCAAAACCAAAUCCAUCAGAACGAAGACAGUUGCCAUUCACCAUUAUCAGUUGUGUAAACCCCUCGGUUAUCAGAGGCUAUGCUUUUGCACUCCCUCAUCGGUCUUGUUUUUAGAUACAGAGACCGAGACUACUGGGACCUACUUGGAACCACAACAGGCAACGAGCUGAUUGAGGAGCAAGUUUAUCGCGUCCCUUUUCAUUAGGCCUUACUAAUAUGCAUAUAUGAUGCACCCUCGUAUAGGAGUGCAAAUACAACAUGCAGAUGUAAGUAGGUGUUUUUAUCUUUUCUUUUUUUUGUUGCUCUCUCCAGUAAGUGUAGAUAGUUUUUGCUAUGUUUUGUGUUUUGCCAUAAGAGAAUGGCCAAGUUACUGCAUGUUUACUAAGCUUGUAUCCCAAAGAGGGAUCACCUUUGUUAUGUUGUAUGAAGUAAUAGUAACUAAAGAUAUGCUGUAUCAACAGAUGACUUUAUAAAUGUCACUUCAGAAGCGUA